GAUAGGUUUUUGUACAAAGACAGACUUUAAAAUAAUUCCAUACUAACCACAAAUUUUUAGAUUAUACAGUAGCCCAUGACACCAUGUCUUUCAAAUCCUUUAGGUACCUAGGUUGCUUGGCGUUGGUCGGCAUUAAUUAGAACAGCCUUAUGCACACCCACUUUUAGGUUAGCACUCCCAGCAUCACAGCACGUAACAUCGUACUGCACCUGCCAUACCUGCCGCCGCCUGCCGCCUGCCACCUAUCUACCUAGGUAACCGCUUAACCACUUAACCACUUAAACUCGCCGAAAUAUUUCUUAUCUCCACCUCUCAACUAAAAGCAUCUCUACCUAAACCAUCGCCGAAGCUAUACUUGAGCUUUCAUGCAUGCCUCCUCCUGAACAGCCUUUACUAGAGUCUGCAAGCCCUCUUGUUAGACUAGAGGUUGCCAUCGCCUUCGACCAUGACCCCACCAUGAGCGAUCAAAAGUCCACCGAUCCGCUGAAUGCUCUAUCAACCCUCACGAUUGCCUCAUCCGAGUCAGAGCAGGUCGAUACUCCGGGUAAAGCUAAAAAUGACAACUCCAAAAAAGUUAUAGCGGAGCCCAAAGGCCCGGAAAACCAAGUUGUCUCAAUAGACCCUCCGGAAGAUAAAUCUCCAACCGACCAAGCUACCCAUAAGGAAGAUGCCAAGGUUGAAGAUGUAUCGACGGAUGACACGGAUAAUACUGGUCAAGAAUCCACGCACGAUGUUCCCGUCGACCCUAUGGAAUCUUCCGUCGCAACCAUCAAGCCCAAGAAGCCACAAUACUUAAGCAUCACAACCGCCCCAUAUGUUGACCCGACACCUCCCACUCCCGAAGGGUCCCAACCUCCAUCUAGAGCUAACUCUUCACACCGACCUAAAGGGCAUGGUCUAGAGCCCUCCCCAACCCGAUCCGAUGCCGGUUAUGACGAAAGGCGUUAUCCAAGCGAGGAUGAGCAAGAAGGGACAUCUCGUUCGGAGAUUCAGAGUAUCAUGGAGCAGUUUCCUGAAGACGGAGGUGGUCCAGGAGAAGAUGAAGUGAUGAGUCCGCGGCUUGAGAUUGCUUCGCCACUGCUAGGCGGCCCCCCGAUACAGCAUCCGCCCAGGAAGUCUAGCCUCGAGCCCCUUGCACCUAGUAUUGCUCAGCAACUGCAAGAAGGGCAAGGUCUGAACAUUUCCAACGCUUCGCCUAUCGGUACACGGUCGAGGGAUAAGCUAAAGGAGCCCGACGACCAAGGUCCACCCGUUCCACCAAAAGACGGUCCCUCGGAUGAGACUUCGUCUAUAGCGCCCCUACAUAGGCCUCCUCCCCCAGAUCCGGAACCCGAACCGGCUCUACCAUUUGACUUCCACCGAUUCUUAGAACAGCUGAAGCACAAGAAAGCCGAUCCUGUCGCGAGGUAUUUGAAGUCUUUCUUAUUCGAGUUUGCAAAGCGUCAAUGGAUGGUUCACGAACAAGUGAAAAUUAUUAGCGAUUUUCUUACCUUCAUAGCCAAUAAAAUGGCCCAAUGUGAGGUUUGGAGUGAGGUGUCAGACGCGGAAUUCGAUAACGCCCGGGAAGGAAUGGAAAAGCUCGUCAUGAACAGACUCUACACCCAGACCUUCUCACCCGCAAUACCUCCGCCCCAACCCAUCCCAGGCGCAAAACCAAAGCGCCGAGGAGGUGAUGUGCCAAUGGGGCCAGGGCGGCGCGGUCAACAUCAAGAAGAUGUAGAGAGAGACGAGGUUCUAGCGCAGAAGAUUAAUAUAUACAGCUGGGUCCGAGAAGAGCACCUAGAUAUUCCACCUGCAAGUGAAAGUGGCAAGAGGUUUCUUAUGCUAGCUCAGCAAGAACUUUUGAAAAUCAAAUCCUACAGAGCACCUCGAGACAAGAUUAUCUGUGUUCUCAACUGUUGCAAGGUCAUAUUUGGACUUCUCAAACAUAACAAAUCCGACUCUUCGGCUGAUUCAUUUAUGCCGCUUUUGAUAUACGUCGUAUUACGGUCUAAUCCUGAUCAUCUGGUUUCUAAUGUUCAUUAUAUUUUGCGAUUCCGGAACCAGGAAAAACUAGGCGGAGAAGCUGGAUAUUAUCUUUCAUCUUUGAUGGGUGCCAUACAGUUCAUCGAGAGCAUGGACCGUACUUCUCUUACAAUCUCGGAUGAGGAAUUUGACAAAAACGUCGAAGCAGCAGUCUCUGCUAUUGCGGAGAAGCAUAGAGCGGAGGAGCCACCGCCUGCUGUGACACAACCGCAACUAUCCGAAAAGGCUGGGUCGUAUCCCCCGGGCUCCUCUUCAACGCGCCCGUCGCUUGACAUGGAUGGGUCAGCUACGCCACGUCGGUCACUAUCCACUGAUGAUGACUCUGGUGAAGACAGCCCCGCGAUUUCAGGUCUGCUUCGUUCAAUUCAACGCCCCCUGUCGUCUAUUGGUCGCAUGUUUUCGGAAGAUCCCAGCGGUGCCGGUCCCAGUUCCUCUUCUCGUCCACCUCAACCGGAUAAUACGUCACGACUCGAUCCGCGGCGCAGUGUUGAAGGGCGACACCCCUCGAUGGACACACGCCAGCGUUUGUCGGCCGAAGAAGCUGCAGCGAGGCAGGCUAGCGCUGAGGUUGCGGAGGCUCAGAGGAUACACCGAGCGGAGCACAACAACGUCGUAGAAACUCUAGCUAGUAUGUUUCCAGAUCUGGACCGAGAUGUUAUUAGUGAUGUUGUCUAUCAGAAGGAAGGAAGGGUUGGUCUCGCAGUUGAUGCCUGUCUUGCAUUGAGCGCAUAAUUUUGGUCGAAGUAGCAUUCCCUAUUAAUCGUUGCUAAAGGGAGCAUUCAUAGAUAGAGCUACAAUAUGUGAGAGAAUAAGGGGAGGGCGUCGACCAAGAAUUCUCAAUAGGCUGAAAUUAAUCCUCUGGUCCUUGAGGUUGGCUUCGUUUAUCUAUAUAAGCUCAAUAAUACCCUGCCUUCGAAUAUUACUCUAUCCUCGACUAUACUUGUUACGGUAGAGUGGUAUAUUGCAAUUCUUUUUUUCUUGAAA